CCCACGGGCGAGUCUCCCUCUUUCUAUAAAUGGAUAGCAUUGCGUUCCCUUCCCCCGGCAGCCUCCCCGCGCCUUCUCCGUCCGCCAGUGGGCGGGCUCGGCGCGCCGCUCUCGCUCCUGCCCUUCUUCUCCCGCCCGGCGCCGAAGAAGGCGGUCCGCGGGGCGCCGGGCUCCUCCUCGCGGGCGGCGCGUCCUGGCGGGGCGGGCGGGCAGGAUUAGCUCAUCUCGGCCGCGGAGAGGCAGCACAGCGGCGGCAGCAGCAGCAGCAGCCAGAGCGGCGGCCCCUCGGUAGCCUCGUCCUCCUUCCCGCCCGCCUCGUUGCGCGCUGCUUCCCGGCGCCCUCUACUCGGGCGGCGGCUGUGCGCACACGGACCCGGGCGCGCAGCAGCUCGUCCCCCUCCAAGCCUCCGGCGUUUCCAACCCCGGCCGGCUCUAUGGCUGUGUGCAAUGGAGACGCCAAGUUGGAGAAUGCUGGAGAAGAUCUCAAGGAUGGUCUCUGCCGCUACGAUGGAGCUGUAGUGAUACUUGAUGCUGGGGCGCAGUAUGGGAAAGUCAUAGAUCGCCGAGUCAGAGAACUGUUUGUCCAGUCGGAGAUAUUCCCUUUGGAAACACCUGCCUUUGCCAUCAAAGAACAGGGAUUCCGGGCUAUUAUCAUAUCCGGAGGACCAAAUUCAGUUUAUGCAGAAGAUGCUCCCUGGUUCGACCCAGCAAUAUUUACGAUAGGCAAACCAGUCCUUGGAAUCUGCUAUGGCAUGCAGAUGAUGAACAAGGUGUUUGGAGGCACGGUACACAAAAAAGAUGUCAGAGAAGAUGGAGUCUUCAGCAUUACACUGGAUAACACAUGUUCACUGUUCAGGGGACUUCAGAAGGACGAGAUUGUGCUCCUCACUCAUGGAGAUAGUGUAGAUAAAGUAGCAGAUGGAUUCAAGGUUGUUGCACAGUCUGGAAAUGUUAUAGCAGCUAUAGCAAAUGAAUCUAAAAAACUGUACGGAGCCCAGUUCCAUCCUGAAGUUAGCCUAACAGUGAACGGAAAAGCAAUGCUGAAAAACUUCCUUUAUGAUAUUGCUGGCUGCAGCGGCACCUUCACCGUUCAAAACAGAGAACUGGAGUGCAUUCGAGACAUAAAAGAAAAAGUAGGCUCGUCAAAAGUCCUGGUUUUACUCAGUGGAGGCGUGGACUCAACAGUGUGUACAGCUUUACUGAACCGGGCUUUAAAUCAAGACCAGGUGAUAGCAGUGCACAUAGAUAAUGGAUUCAUGCGCAAGAGGGAAAGCCAGUCUGUGGAAGAAGCACUCAAAAAGUUGGGAAUUCAAGUCAAAGUGGUAAAUGCAGCUCAUUCGUUCUACAAUGGCACAACAACUCUGCCCAUCUCCGAGGAAGACAGAACUCCACGAAAAAGGAUUAGCAAAACACUGAAUAUGACAACAAGUCCCGAGGAAAAGCGCAAAAUUAUUGGUGACACCUUUGUGAAGAUUGCUAAUGAAGUUAUUGGAGAAAUGAACCUGAAACCGGAAGAAGUCUUCCUCGCUCAGGGAACGCUGAGGCCCGACCUUAUUGAAAGUGCUUCUGUGGUUGCCAGUGGCAAAGCAGAAGUCAUCAAGACUCAUCACAACGACACAGAGCUCAUCAGAAAGCUGAGGGAAGAGGGGAAGGUAAUAGAACCACUGAAAGAUUUCCAUAAGGACGAAGUGAGAGUGCUUGGGAGAGAACUGGGGCUGCCGGAAGAGCUGGUCUCAAGACACCCAUUUCCAGGUCCUGGCCUUGCAAUUAGGGUAAUAUGUGCCGAAGAACCGUAUGUUUGCAAAGACUUCCCUGAAACGAACAACAUUUUGAAAAUUAUAGCAGACUUUUCUGCGAGUGUUAAAAAGCCUCACACUCUGUUGCAGAGGGUCAAAGCAUGUACAACUGAGGAAGACCAGGAGAAACUGAUGCAAAUCACAAGUCUACAUUCGUUGAAUGCCUUUCUGCUGCCAAUCAAAACUGUAGGAGUACAGGGUGAUUGCCGCUCCUACAGCUAUGUAUGUGGGAUCUCCAGCAAAGAUGCGCCACACUGGGAGUCCCUUAUGUUCCUAUCCAGACUCAUCCCCCGCAUGUGUCACAACAUAAACCGAGUGGUCUAUGUGUUUGGCCCACCUGUCAAAGAACCUCCCACAGACGUUACUCCCACUUUCCUGACAACGGGAGUCCUCAGCACGUUGCGGCAAGCUGAUUUUGAGGCUCAUAAUAUUCUCAGGGAGUCUGGUUAUGCCGGAAAAAUCAGCCAGAUGCCAGUCAUCUUGACACCGUUGCAUUUUGACCGAGAUCCCCUUCAGAAGCAGCCUUCCUGUCAAAGAUCUGUGGUCAUUCGGACCUUCAUCACUAGUGAUUUCAUGACGGGUAUUGCAGCGACUCCCGGCAACGAGAUACCAGAAGAGGUUGUGUUGAAGAUGGUGGCAGAGAUUAAGAAGAUUCCUGGCAUCUCCCGGGUGAUGUAUGACUUGACUUCAAAACCACCAGGAACAACUGAGUGGGAAUAAUUAUUCCCUCCCCCUCCUUGUAUGAAAGUACUGUAUGCAGUUUUAAAUUAUAUCAGAAACCAUUCCCAGUGUUGACAUGCAGUACUGUGAAACAGAGUCGCUGGAGCUGCUGCUACAUCAUAUGUGAUUCUCUCUCCCCCCCCCCUUUCCUGGAGCAUAAUCUGCAAAUUAAGAAUGAUGUUGGGGGCGGGGGGGGGGGCGGGGAGCAAGGUAAGUGGGCUGAGGAUACGUACGGGUAAAUAAUUAGGGCAGUGUUGCCUACGUGCAGAUAGAUUCAUAUUGCUUUGCCUUUUUUUGGGUCUUAUUGACUGUUUCUACUGUUACGUCAUUUCAAUGUCUCUUUUUAUUUUUUAUUUUCAUUUUCUUUUGUAUACUGUGUAAAAAGAGACCGUUUAUUUACAUUUACCAAAACCAAUGUCGGAGCCUAUUAAAAUAAUGGGUUUGGGGGUGGGGUGGGGCGGGAAAGCGACCAACAACUGCUUUUGAAACAGAUUUAUUAUAAAUAAAUAUUUUGCCAAAUGGAGUAGUAGGUAUUGUUGAGUUGUGGAAUCAAUGUAUAAUUUGUUUUGCUGCGUACUGUAUGAAUUCCUGUUCCAUAUCGUUUGGAGUAUUAAGCCCAUGGCAAUAAGUGUUGACUUUUAAGACAACAAUAACACCUGGCACUCAAAUAAUGACUGUGUGUCCCCCCCCCCUUGCUCUCCUGUCCCUCCUCCAUAAUGCUUUUUAAAGCAAGUUUUGUUUAAAAAUGUAAAAGCAUACAUUUCCCCCACCGUGCAGUGAUAUCUAUAUUUAAUGUACAUUAAAUCAGUUACAAGGGAGCCAAA